AUAGUGUUUGUUUACGGGGAAAAUUAGAGAGAAAAUCAGAGCGGAAUUUGGAUAAAUUCUCAAGAUUUUCAACCUCAACUCUUGUUCAUCAAUUUCAAUUUCCUAACUUUUUAUGGUCAAUAAAACAUCAAUUUCCCUCUCUUCCUCUUCACAUUCAAUUCCCUUCCGCUUCUCUCGUUUCUUCAUCAUCAUCAUCAUCUUCUUCUUCUUCUUCUCCGAUCCCACAUUCCAAUUCUUUCGCCUGCCAUCUCUUCUCUGAUUUCUUAAUCUUUUCUCUUUUCAAUUUCAUAUUUUUUCCCUCGUUUUUCUCCACCCCAUUUGAUCUCAUUCCCUCUCGAUCUCCUUUUCUCCCUCCUUUUUUACGAUGUGAUUCUUACGUUCUCAGCCCGCCCAGAAGAAAUUCACGGCUGGCUUUGAUUAAUUUUGUCCAUCUUCUUCACUUUUUCAAGGGUUUCCUUCCUCGAUUGGAUUCUCGAGCAACAAUGGUGUCCGCAUCGGCUCGUCAGAAGAACAUGCACUCCCUUCUUGUAGCCAAUCUCACGAAGCUAACGAUUCCUUCUUCUUCUUCUGCUUCUUCUCCUCCUUCAUCUGCCGCCGCUGCCGUUCAUGACUUUGAUUUCAACGAUGUAUUUGGCCCUACAAAUCCCUCUCCUUCAUCUUUUCCCGGGGACCCACAACACCAUGAACAACAACAACCAGUGGUAAUUCAUAACAGAUCUCACUCAUUUGUGGGUCCUUCUCCUCGUUUAACUCCCCCAGCUUCCCUUCCUUUUUUCCGAGAAGUUGAUUCACAGAGCGAAGGGGAGGAAGAGGGAGAAGAAGAUGGCCUGGAAAUCUCAACGACUCGCAAUGGAGCUCAAGAAGAGAAGAAAUUGGUGGGUGAAACUGAAAAUUGCGGUGGAGAAAAUGUACAGGGGAAGAUUGGUGUUGGGGAUUUUGAUAUUCUUCGUGUUGUGGGAAAAGGGGCAUUUGGGAAGGUCUUUUUGGUGAGGAAGAAAGGGAAUUGUAAAGGAAAUGGUUCUGAUAGUGAUGGGAUUUAUGCUAUGAAAGUGAUGAGAAAGGAUACCAUCAUAAAGAAGAAUCACGUGGACUAUAUGAAGGCCGAGAGAGAUAUUCUCACAAAAGUUGCUCAUCCUUUCAUUGUUCAGCUCCGUUACUCUUUCCAGACCAAAUCAAAACUUUAUUUGAUUCUUGAUUUCAUAAAUGGGGGACAUCUCUUUUUCCAUCUGUACAGGCAGGGGAUCUUCAGUGAGGAUCAGGCUAGGGUCUAUGCAGCUGAGAUCGUAUCAGCUGUUUCACAUCUUCACAACUGCGGUAUUGUGCACCGUGAUCUCAAGCCGGAGAACAUUCUUAUGGAUGCUGAUGGACAUGUAGUACUUACUGAUUUUGGACUGGCCAAGGAAAUUGAUGAAUUCAGUCGGUCGAAUUCGUUGUGUGGAACGACGGAAUACAUGGCUCCCGAAAUCUUACUUUCUAAAGGCCACAACAAAGAUGCUGAUUGGUGGAGCGUUGGAGUCCUCUUGUAUGAAAUGCUUAGUGGCCAGCCACCAUUCACACACGCCAAUAGAAAGAAGCUUCAAGAAAGAAUAAUCAAAGAGAAAGUGAAGCUUCCACCGUUCCUGAGCACUGAAGCUCACUCUUUGCUCAGAGGGCUGCUACAAAAGGAGCCUUCUAAAAGAUUAGGUAGUGGACCCAAGGGUGGGGACGAGAUAAAAAACCAUAAAUGGUUUCGACCCGUGAACUGGAAGAAAUUGGAAUGUAGGGAGCUGCAGCCAAAGUUCAAGCCGGAUGUCAAUGGAAACGACUGCACAGCAAAUUUCGAUCAUUGUUGGACAGCGAUGCCCCCGGAUGAUUCACCAGCUCCGACGCCAACAGAUAAUGGACACUUCCAGGGAUAUAGUUAUGUUGCUCCGAACCCUUGGCUUUCAUCAUCUGGAUAGAAUUGCUGGGCAUAGUGUUCUCAAUAUACUGGUAAAUGCAACUGUACAUGAGUCCUAUACUGCCAUUAAAUUAUUGCUGGUUUCACGCUCAGUGACUUUGCAAUCUUUCAGAUACUUUCAAACGUUAUUUGUGUUGAUUCAAUGUGGCUUCUUCUAGACUUCCACUUCUCUCUGUCUUCUCACCUGUGAUCAAUAGUAUUGGAUUUGAAGUCAAUUUCUUUACAAAUACUCUCUUAUCAAGUGUUAAUUAAAGUUGAUUUAUACUUUGGUUCCUCA